AUGCCAACAGACCCGGAUGUAGAGGUUCACGUAGGAAUCGCUAGCAUUCCUGUCUCAACAAUGAACGUGACCCAGGAACAAGUUGCCCAACUGCUUGUACUUAAUGAAAUACACGAACAUUUGUCUGCAAUUGCUUCUGAAAUUCGUGAGAAAGAAAGAAACAAAGACGUCGAAGACGACUGGAAGUUUGCAGCAAUGGUGGUUGAUCGACUAUGCCUUUAUGUUUUCUCUUUUUUCAUUUUGCUUUCAACAUGCGCCUUGUUCUCAUCCGUUCCAAACAUUGAAAUUUUUUGA